UGCUUAGACGCAUAAAGAUGUGCUUUAGGGUGCUCGAGCGGUCCUGAAUCUCAUCCAACCAUAUUGCUGGCUGCCAUUUAGUCGCUGUUGUUACACAACACAUAUACACACCACGUACAUACGCUUGAAUCUGCGGCAUCCUUUUUCGCUCCAGGCCAAUCCUAGUUUACCAUCAACUAUCUCCCAAGUCACAGUCGGUCACUCGUGAUGCUCUACCUCUACGGGCAAUGAGAAUUGGCGUGAACCUCCCCGCGAGAGACACUUGGUUACAGUCAAGAUGAACGGCAGUGAACAAGGACAUACCAGAAGACAGCGUAGGUCUUCUCUCUCACAGCAGCUACAGCGGGUCUUCCACCUGGAUAAGCAUGUGAAUAAAGAAACGUGCAGGCGAUCGUCAGGUUCGCUAGAGACCCGAACCAUAAAAACCCAUAGGCAAGAACGAGAGGGGAAACAACAGACAGACGAGGUUUGCCUUGGCGGGUGUUCAAGUCGAUCCACAUCAUUGAUACAAAAAAACGAGGAUGUCAGCCCACGUACAGCCCAAGGUCCAACUUUUUCAGUUUUCGGUGAUAAUGAGCUCGUGAAGUCAUCGGCAAACUCUAUCAGUCAGGGGACAUUGCAACUGUCCGACUCAUCUUCCCUUUUGGAUAUGCCUUCUGGCAAGCACGGAUCAUUCAACUCCGCUACUUCGAUCAACAAGGCGACGGACAAGAAUGAACGAAGGGCUACAAGGCGCCUAGAAGCUGAACGGUUGGAGCUUGAGAAGAGAAUCCUUAAACUUGAAAAGAGCGAGCAAAGCCACGGGGUAAGCCUACAGCAGAAAGAAACCCGGCGCCUUACCAAAAAACAACCUAUAAGAAGCUCAAGCAGGGCAUCGAGUGUGCGUGGGGAUGAGUCUCGUCCAUCACGCCGACUCUCUUCUCUCUUCUCAAGUUCAAGGCGAAACUCCCGGUCACGUUCGAAUUCCCUAAGUAGAAGUGACGGAGACUAUCCAACUCACCUGCCAGCUGACGCCGAAAGAUCACAAUCAGGACUGGACUCGGGACCGCACGCAACUCGACCUCACAUUGCUGUGACGAUGCCUAAUCGCUUCGGCGCUGUGAUAUCCAAAGAGCUCGCCAUAAACAACGCGCUGACCCCAUACCAACCUGAGCCCGUGCCCAUUCAGGAGCUAAUGCCGGGAAAUCCUACCAGUAUAGAACCCAAGACAAAUGAUUCUACCGGGCCUCAUCCUCGCAACAUUGAAAACAAUUCGUCGCACGAACAAGGCCCUGAACAGGUUCAUCUCGUCACCAUCGACAGUAACGCCCGUAGGGUAGAAUCAAGAGCCCCUAGUCCUCCUGUCUCUGCAGACCUGGACCGCUUGUCCUUCGCAGCAACGCUCAACCUUAAAAAUAGGGAGUCUGGCACCGUGAAAUUAUCUGAACAUCGUCGGUCAUUGAGGGUGUCUUCCCCGGAACUGACGAAUAACCGGGGAAAACAUACCCGCGGUAGCUACAAAAGCACUCGGAGAGCACAGGCGGCAGCUGAUGCUGGAAAGUCUUUGAAAUCCUCACCGGGACCGUCAUCAACUAACUUACAAGCCAAGCCGUUGAGGACUGCACCAAGCAGAACUUCUACGGACCGCUAUCCUCAGAGACAGUAUAAGAGCUAUGUAUCGUCACCGCUUGCAGUGGCCUCAACUGUGGCCAGUAGAUCCAACUUGUCCUCAAAUGCUAUGGAUUCUUCAGACACAAGAGCUUUGCAACCUUCCAUCGAAGAUGAUCAAACCCCCAUGGAUUCUGUCAAGAAGGUUAUAGAUCCCACGUAUAAGCAGACACAUUCACAUGUUACGCGGCAUUUAGUUGGGAGAGACGGUAAUGAAGGCGAAGGAGACCAUGCACGGCCUCAUAGUGUCGCCAAAACCCCCCAGGAGCGCUCUGUUGUUGGAUACACGUGGGCUAGUCACCAUCUCCAGUCACCUUUGGGCAAACGCAUUCUUACAAACCAACAUGAAGCCCAUGCAGUGACAUGCCGAGAGCCUGGGCCGAUAGAGCCGGUCAAGAAAUCAUAUUCUCGGAUUCACGACACAAAUCGCAGCCUGACUGAUUCCGACGUCCACGAGGCGAAGCAUGCAGGUCCCGACGAACACCGUGAAUCUCAAGGUCCUCCACCGCGUGAUAAGACUCAAGCUUGUCAAGAUCGGGCCCAAAGCCUCCAGGACACUCCUAAUCUGCAGAGACUUGAAGCCUGCCAUGUGUCUUAUGAGAGCAAGCCUACACAAUGGAAAGGUUCCAGUUCGUCAAUAUCCGCAUCUUCUGAAGAGCCACGAUCAGAAGAUUACAAUACUGCAGACGAAGCCCACUCAUCUACCUCGCUUCCCCGGCAGGAUGACAUUGCUCCAGCCAGUCUCCCCCACAAUGAUGACUCUGUACCAAGUACAUUGGGCAUUACUAACAACGAUGUGUUGCUCAGUGUGGGAGCUUCAAACACCGGUCUAUGCAACACGCCGAAAGGACGAAUGAACGGACGCAUGGAGCACCAUUGGCAUGAUCUGCCAUCGGAACUGUAUGCGAGACUCACGUCGCCGAGCGCACCUCCAGUCUCCAAAAAGCAUAAGCUCUCCACUGUCCAGGGCGAAUCACGUGCUGUCCAUAAAUGUAUGGAUGCAAAUAUACGCAAAGGUAGUUUGUCAGGACAGUGUGUCGAUUCAUCGUGUAUCAUGUCUUCUGCCUCAGCCGCAAGGUCUCAAUCUCCGACUACGGUGCAAUGCUGUUGGUGUAAUCAUCGCAUGAAUAGGUCAUGUUGCCAGGGAUGGACAACGAUCAUUCGCAUGUGUCAAAGGCAUCACUAGCAGUGUGAUAGAGAAAUUGUCGUCUGUAUGAUGACUGAGAGCGACUGUGAAUUUCACUGGGAAAAAGACUCAUGGGUUUAAUGUUUGGCUUAUUAGAACGCACUUCAGCGUUACUGGGGGACAUCUUUCUGGAUGCCGGACAAAACAAUAUUGAACCACGUAUGUAAAUAGAAGAAUGAAGGACGAAAGGGACAGAACUCGCCAAUGAGUCCCCCGACGGGAUCGGCAUCCGGGACUAGAAUAACUUGUAAUGGUUACACAGAGAAAGAUAGAGCAACUGAUAAGUGGAAUAGUGGAUAAGCCAGGGGCGUGGUAUCUAGGAGCCGGCUUGCCGUUAGUCU